AUGGGCGUCUAUACUCCAUCUAGCAAGCUUGAAAACUUGAAGUUGUACAAGUACUCCAGCGAAGACCACUCGUACAUCUCCAAGUAUGUGCUCAAACGGUUUUGGAACUGGUUCACCACCUUGUUCCCGUUGGACAUGGCUCCCAACUUGAUCACCUUGCUUGGCUUGGUGUUCAUCAUCGUCAGUGUCUUUGUGGUGGCCUACUACGACCCUUACUUGGACUCGCCUUCUCCCAGCUGGUGCUACUUCCUCCAUGCGUUCAACUUGUUCAUGUACCAGACGUUUGAUGGAUGUGAUGGCUGUCACGCCAGAAGAACUGGCCAGUCGGGGCCAUUGGGUGAAUUGUUUGAUCAUUCGAUCGACGCCAUCAACACCACCUUGUUGUGCAUUGUCAGCAGCUCUGUAUUCCAGUUUGGUGCGGGCUACAAGACUCUCUUUGCCCAGUUCUCUGUCCUUGCCAACUUCUAUACAUCUACAUGGGAGACUUACCACACUCACACGUUGUUCUUGUCGAGCUUUAGUGGGCCUGUGGAAGGUAUGAUCAUUUUGUGCUUGCUGUAUAUUCUCACUGGCUUCACGGGUCCUGAGAUCUGGACUGCUCACUUGUUCGAUUUGGAUUUGUCUUCGCUUGGUUUUGGCUUGGACACUGUCUCUGUCGACGUCUCCCAUGUCAUAAUUGUUUUUGGUUUUAUUGGUAUCUACUUCAAUGUGGCCACUGCCGCAUCUAACGUCGCAAAAAAGUAUUACUCUAACGCCAGAUUGUCCACUGAAAAAGCAGCUGCAGAAGUCGUCAAAGCGAAGGAAGGCUUGAUUCCUUUCGUUGUCUAUUAUGUCUUCUUAGUUCUCCUUGUGUGGAGUUUCCCAGAGACUGCCACCUCUUACUGCUAUGCAUUGGUCCUCUCCACCGGAAGCACCAUGGCCUUCUGUGUUGGACGCAUUAUCUUGGCCCACUUGACAUUGCAAGACUUCCCUUACUAUUCGGUUCCUACACUCAUGCCUGCUUUCCAAUGGCUCGCAGCUAACAUAUUCAUUUCUAUCUAUGGCUACACUCCUUCUGCGGUGCUCCCCGCCAUCACCUGGGGUGGCACAGGCUUGACGAUCGGCAUUCACAUCAUGUUCAUUUCUGAACUUAUUGUAGAGAUCACUCAGUUUCUAGACAUUUAUGCCUUGACCAUCAAGCACAAGAAAGUUUAA